CUCCCGGAUCCCCACAAAAAACCCCAAAAAUCCCCAAAAUAACCCCAAAACCGCCCCGGGAUCCCCCAAACCUCUCCCGCCGCCGGCGCUACCUCCGCCUGCGCCGCCAUCUUGCCGACGCACGGCGCGUGACGUCACUUCCGCCUCCUUCUUCCCCCGGCAGAGCCCCGCGGAGCCGCAGCCAUGUCCCUGGUGAUCCCCGAGAAGUUCCAGCACAUUCUGCGGGUGCUCAACACCAACAUCGACGGGCGCCGCAAGAUCGCCUUCGCCAUCACCGCCAUCAAGGGCGUGGGGCGGCGCUACGCGCACGUGGUGCUGCGCAAGGCCGACAUCGACCUGACCAAGCGCGCCGGGGAGCUCACCGAGGACGAGGUGGAGAGGGUGAUCACCAUCAUGCAGAACCCGCGGCAGUACAAGAUCCCUGACUGGUUCCUCAACAGGCAGAAGGACGUCAAGGACGGCAAAUACUCCCAGGUCCUGGCCAACGGGCUGGACAACAAGCUGCGCGAGGACCUCGAGCGCCUCAAGAAGAUCCGCGCGCACCGCGGCCUGCGCCAUUUCUGGGGGUAAAGGGUGCGCGGGCAGCACACCAAGACCACCGGGCGGCGCGGCCGGACCGUGGGCGUCUCCAAGAAAAAUGAGGAGAAAAACGGCAGUUUUGGGCAAUUCGGGAAUUGCGGAAUAAAAGAGAUUUUUGGAGUGAAGGAGUGGAGUUUUUGGGGAAAAAUGGGGAAAAAAUGGGAAAAAAGGAGAAAGAAUGAGAGGGAAACAAGGGGAAAAUGGGAAAAAACUGGGAAAAAGGAGGAGGAGCAAGGAAAAAAUGGGGAAAAUGAAGGGAAAAUUGGGAAAAAUGAGAGGAAAAAAUGGGGAAAAAAGGGGGAAACAAGGAAAAAAUGAGGGAAAAAAGAGGAA